AGAGUUUAGUGGCCGUGGGGGGGCCUGGAUCUAGGAGGUGGCAGGAAAAACCGGGAACAGCUGCCGGAGGUGACGGAGCUGUGGCCCCGCCCGGCGCGCUGGAAGAGGAAGCUUCCAGGUAGCUGCCCGCAGAGUCUGACCCGGGCUCCAGGCAUCCUGACCCAGGCGCCCCCUGCAGCCAUGAGCGCCGAGGUGAAGGUGACAGGGCAGAAUCAGGAGCAGUUCCUGCUCCUGGCCAAGUCGGCCAAGGGGGCAGCGCUGGCCACACUCAUCCAUCAGGUGCUGGAGGCCCCUGGUGUCUACGUGUUUGGGGAACUGCUGGAUAUGCCUAAUGUUAGAGAGCUGGCUGAGAGUGACUUUGCCUCCACAUUCCGGCUGCUCACAGUGUUCGCCUAUGGGACGUAUGCUGACUACUUAGCUGAAGCCCGGAACCUCCCCCCACUCACAGAGGCUCAGAAGAAUAAGCUUCGGCACCUGUCAGUUGUCACCCUGGCUGCCAAAGUCAAGUGUAUCCCUUAUGCAGUGCUGCUGGAGGCCCUGGCCCUUCGUAAUGUGCGGCAGCUGGAGGACCUUGUCAUUGAGGCCGUGUAUGCCGAUGUCCUCCGAGGCUCCCUGGACCAGCGCAACCAGCGGCUAGAGGUCGACUACAGCAUUGGGCGGGACAUCCAGCGCCAGGACCUCAGCGCCAUUGCCCGGACCCUGCAGGAGUGGUGUGUUGGCUGUGAGGUGGUGCUGUCCGGCAUUGAGGAGCAGGUGAGCCGAGCUAACCAGCACAAAGAGCAGCAGCUGGGUCUGAAGCAGCAGAUUGAGAGUGAGGUUGCCAACCUUAAAAAAACCAUCAAAGUCACAACUGCCACGACUACAGCAGCCACAUCGCAGGACCCCGAGCAACACUUGACUGAGCUGAGGGAGCCGGCCCCUGGCACCAACCAGCGCCAGCCCAGCAAGAAAGCCUCAAAGGGCAAGGGGCUCCGAGGGAGCGCCAAGAUUUGGUCCAAGUCAAAUUGAACAGACUGUUGUUUCCUCCUUGGUGAUGUGGAAUCGCUUCUGCCUGCCCACUCCUCAGGAGACCUCAGAGAUCCUUCAUGUGCCCCUGGCCAGCUGAUAAUCUUAGUUCAAGAUGCUUCACCUCCCUCCUCUCCCUGCCCCAUAUCACCCAGAUCACACCUUCUGUAGACAGGAAGCGAGUACAGGUCAUGUCUUUGUUGGUAUUUUUUGUUCUACGUGAGUUCUUAUAUGUUCUGUUAUCCUCCUCCAUCCCCUGCCAUGCCUCCCACCCCCAUUUUUUUUUUUUCCUUUAAAAGCCACCAUAUCUGCCCUAUGAAUGAUUUGUCAUUGAGCUGGUAGGGCUGCUACAUCAGUGGCAUAACACACAGGCAAGCCUGCCCCACUCCCCUGCCUGUCUGGUUAGCGCCCAGAGGGCUCCCUCCUUUAUUCCCACCCAGGGGGGUUCUGG